UGUUCCAAGGGCCUGUUUUUUUUUCCUACCCGGCCCGGACGCACUGCGCCGCCACCCACGUGCCUGCCACCCCGCCUGCACACCGCCCACACCGACCAGCGCCGCCGGAGGACGCACCGGUGCCGCGGCCCGCCGGCGACGGACCUCCAUCACCGCCACACCAGCGACGAUCUGCAGCUCCGACGUGCCUGCAAUCAGUGUCCUCCAUCACUGCCACAGUGCCACGCCUGCGGUGGUGACUCAGCGGCAGCCCGGCGACCUCCAGCUAUUCUGAUAUGGGCCUCUGGAAGAUGUUUGCAUUGUUUGCCAAUCCAUGAUAGAAGUGGGGCUUGUGUGGAUAUGAAGGAAUAAGUGGCCAUCUUAGGAGAAUUUGGAAUGACAGAGGGCAUGGAAAACCUGCUACCUGAAGAUGUACUCACCAACAUCAUCCACCGUCUUGCACCACGCUACCUUGCCAUAUCCCACUGUGUUUGCAAGACCUGGUGUACCAUCAUUGAUGCCCACAACCUGCUCCGUGUAGACCUCCUCCCACGGUCGGUGUGUGGAAUCUUCAUUAACUUUAAUGAGUUAAGCAUGUCAGAAUUCUUCUCCCGCCCCUCAAAAGGCCCAACGGUAUCUGGCAACUUUGACUAUUUGCCUCUCAGCUCCCGCAUCAUAGGCCACUGCAAUGGGCUUCUCUUGUUUCACAAGUAUGUGGUUAACCCAGCCACACGACAGUCAGCGCCACUGCCCCCAUGCUCAAGCCCAAAUAUUGUCGUAGAGCACUUUUUCCACAGGGAGUACCUUGUUUUCGACCCCACAUUGUCACCGCAUUAUAAGGUAUUCAUGAUCCCUGAGGUCCGACGACCCAAUGUGAGGUAUACCAUGUUGAAUUCAGAUGACAAGUUAGACCCUGCAAUAGAGGAAUUAGAAUGGCCACCGUCGCCUUGCAUCCUGCGUGUGUUCUCAUCAAGGACAAAGGUGUGGGAGGAGAGGUCGUUUGUUCGAGAAGGGGAGGCUGCAGGGAAUGUUGCUGACAUGUGGUUGGAUCACCCAUAUGUUCCAGACACUUCUGUGUAUUGGCGGGGAGUACUUUAUGUAUAUUGCCAAAACAAGUUUGUUAUGAGAAUAUCAUUAUCAAAUGGGAAAUAUCAAGUAAUCAAGCCACCUUUAGAUUGUAAGGGGAUGGCAUACACAAAUCUUUAUUUGGGGAAAUCAGUGAAAGGGGUGUAUUGUGCUGUGCGUCACUUGGCAUCCCAUUUUUCGAUCAAUAUUCUUGAUGAAUCGAGUGGCAAAAUGGAGUGGGUAUUCAAGGAUUCGUGUAGUAUUCAGCCAUGUGAAAUAAUUGACGGGCCUGGACCCUGGACUUUACAAGAUAUUAACAAUCAGGAGCAGGGAUUUGAGUAUGAAGAUGGUAACAAUGAGGCAGUGGUAGAGGACAGGUUUGAAUGGGACUCGGAUAAUGAUAAUGUUAUUGAGACCAACAGCAGGGGCAAGUAUAACUCUGGUGGUUAUAUUAAUUUUCUUGUUGACACCAAAAGGAGGGGCAGAUAUAACUCUGGUGGUUAUAUUGAUUUUCUUGGAUUUCACCCUUACAAGGAGGUUAUCUUCUUGAGUGAUACGUUGAGAAGAGGAUUGGCCUACCACUUAAAUAGCUCAAAGAUUCAAGACUUGGGCAACCUCCGUCCAACAAAUUAUGGAACAGAGGUGGGCAUUCAGCCAUUUAUACAAGAGUCUUUUCCAUACACACCUUGGAUGGGAUGGUUUCCAGAAGACAAUUAAUUUCAUCUGGAAGAUUACGAUGUAUUGCAUAUGAGGUAUUGGUGCUCAGGACAAGCUGUGAGGUGCAACUUGAGAGUUCGGACCAGCUGAGUUUCUCAAGUUGUUCAUUGUAUCCAAUAAGAAAAUUAUUUGUUGUUAGACUACAGAACAUGGAACCUGUCUGCUGUUACUGUUGCAUGGGCUCCUGCUAUUUCUGCCUCCGUAUGCUUGCUACAAUGGAAGUUUAGAUGUUACAAAUCAACAAUUAUGGUCAUUCUUUUU